GAGGGAUAGUCCCAGUGCUGCAUGGUGAAACCUUCAUGGUAUUAACUGGACAUGUAGAUAAUUUAUUUGGGUGGAGGAAGCCUGAAUACACAGAUAAAACAAACAAACAAAAACAAAAAAAAACAACCUCAUCGUAUCUCAGUGUAACAGCCUUUGGCACAUAAUUACAGCAUGACCAGAGGAAUAAAUGAGGAAAAACAGUGGGCUUGUGAUCGCUUCAUUCCAUGACAGGUGGACUGUAGAAAGCAGCUUGAAUCAUCACCAUCAUGCUUCACAGUCAUCUGGCAGCUGACAGUCUGAUGUCUGACACCCUGCUGACUUAUCAUCGCCGAGACGCUCAUUCCUCAGUUCGACGCGUGGAGGCAAACGGUGACCAAAUACAUACAUUGAUUGAUUGAUUGAUUGAUUGAUGUUGAUUAUAUUGACGUUAUGGUUCACUGGACAGACAAGGAGCGCAGCACGGUCAGAGCUGUGUGGGAAAAACUUGAUAUCGAUCAGAUCGGACCGGAAGCUUUGGCAAGGGUGCUGAUCGUCUACCCCUGGACCGAGCGGUACUUCGGUGGUUUUGGAGACAUGUUCACUGCAACAGCUGUUCUGAACAACUCCAAAGUGGCGGCCCAGGGCAAAGUGGUGCUGAGGGCCCUGAGCAGAGCGGUGGAGAACAUGGACAACAUCAAGGGCACAUAUGCUGCCCUGAGCCGGAUGCACUACAAGAAACUCAACGUGGAUCCCGAUAACUUCAAACUGCUGGCAGACUGCAUCACAAUCACCGUCGCCUGCAAACUGAAGGGCGACCUCAGCCCUCAGACACAAGCCACCUGGCAGAAGUUCCUGUCUGUUGUAGUCGAGGCUAUGGGCAGUCAGUACUCCUGAAGAGAAGAGCAACCCCAGAUGGGGAACAAAAUAAAUAAAUAAGAUAAUAAAAAUCAUAUUUAAACCAUGUGUAACAGGCCUGAAUAGGCGUGGUUUCAUCUAAAACAACUGGGAUUGGACAACUCUUUAAUACUGAGCGGGCAUAUUUUAUAGUUUGGAUCAUUUUUGAUGUUCUGCUUUGGCACAUUUUAAGAUCGAGCUUCAGAUGUUUGGACAGAAGGGAUCUGGUGACCCCUUGAGGUCCUCAGGGGAAGUACAAGUUCUCUCCAGAGCAGGUUGUCAGAUUGUAAAAGUCAACGUUACAUGAGUGUGUCGUUAUAUUUUUGAAAAUGGGCAAACAGAGCCAUUAAUUGUUGCGUGUUUUAGGGAUUUAUUAACACAACCAUAUAUACUCUCACUUCUGUCAAUAAAAAGAGCGAAUAUUA